AUGGCCCGUAAGAACAAGAAGAAGUCUCCUUCUCCCCCUGCCCCUUCUGCCCAAACAUCAGUGACAGAUAUUGUCUCCAACACAGAAUUGGAUUCUCUUGACGUAUCGAAGGAGUCUAACGACACCAGCGAAGUAGAACCAAUUAACAAAAUACCCGAUACUUCCGCAACUCUAAUCCCCUCUCUGGGAACUGAACCAGAGAGCUUACCAUCUAUUACGAAUGAAGUUGAAUCAUUGAAAUCUACAGAUGCAAUUAUUGAAACUGCCAAGGAUGAUUUGAAUGAUGUUGUACCAAACGAACUUCAAGAAGAUGAUGUCCAACCUGCCAUUGUUAACCCGGAACAACUUGAACGUGAAGCUAAUCCCGAAUUGCUGCGAUUUAUGAACGCAUGUCAAAAGGGGGAAUUAUCAGUGGUACAAGAACUUGUUUCUAAUGGUUCCGUCACAGUCACUGAAACUUUCCAAGAUCAAGUAACUGGAUUGCAUUGGGCUGCCAUUAAUAACAGAUUAUCUAUUGUUAAGUAUCUUUGUGAGAAUGAAUAUUCAAAGGCCGAUCCAAAUGUCAAAGGAGGUGAAUUGGAUGCCACUCCAUUGCAUUGGGCCUGUAGAAAUGGAUUGACAUAUAUUGUGGAAUAUUUUAUUUGUCAUACUGAUGCCGAUCCUUCUAUUAGAGAUGCACAAUCCUACAACGCUUUGCAUUUAGCGGUACAUCUGUCUAAUAUCUUGCUUGUGGUUUAUCUUGUGUUGCAAUGUUGUGUGACUUCUUCCUCAACGAAAAAAUUAUAUAUUGAUGAACCUGACAGUAGUAACAGAACCUCACUUCAUUGGGCUGCAUACCAGGGUGAUAUUUUCACUGUCAAUACCUUGUUGAAGUUUGGUGCUGAUGUUGGGAAAGUGGACAACACUUUAUUUAUUCCAUUACAUUGGGCAUUUAUGCGUGGUCAUAAAUCGGUUCUUAAACUGUUAACAGAAGCAGGAUCUGAUAUUUUUAUUAAAAAUGACAAGGGGAAAGAUUCUUUUGAAAUUGCUAAAGACAUGAAUUGUUAUAAUACUUGGGUAACAGUUUUGAAAGAAAAUGGUCGUUCACCAAAGAGUAAUUGGGAAUAUAAACCAUCGAUUCUCGAUGCAAAGACUGCUAAAUUGAUUACCUUUUUCUUCCCAUAUUUAUUAUUACCACUUGUCUGGAAGAUCUGCUCAUUCAACAAUGGAUUUGCCAUUCCUAAAAUCUUCUUUGCGUCUGUUUUAGCAGUUGCUGGCGUUUAUUUUAUCCAAAAACUCAUAAUUCCUUCAUAUUUCCGUGAAGGUAAGGCAUUAGCCAAAUCUCCAUUUUUGGCAGGUAUUUUCUCAUCUUCAUUGUUUUGGUGUACAUUAACUUGGCUUUAUAAUAUUGUUCCAACCUUAUUUUUCAAAGAUUUCUUUGCAAAUGUUAUACUUGCAGUUUGUAUUGCAGUGAUUUCCCGCACUUUCUACAAGUCUAUGUUUAUGAAUCCUGGAUUUGUACCUACACCUAGUGAUUAUAAUGUCAUUUUACAACAAGUUAAAGAUUUGAUCCAAGUGGGGAGAUUUGAUACCCUGAACUUUUGUAUUGAAUCUUAUGUUAGAAAACCAUUAAGAUCGAGAUAUUCUAAGAUUAGUGGCAAAUUAGUUGCUAGAUUCGAUCAUUAUUGUCCAUGGGUCUAUAAUGAAAUUGGAGUUAGAAACCAUAAAUUAUUUAUGACAUUUGUUUACUCACUUAGUGUUGCUGUUGCGUUUUAUGUAUACUUGUCAAUUGAAUUCUUUCAUAAAUACGAAGGAGGUCCCAACAGUGGUUAUGAUAGUGACGAUGAUGCUCAAAAAUGUUGGCUUUUAUCAGAAAACAUGUGUAUUGGCUACAGACACAAUAAUUUCCAUUUCAAUGUUGUCAUGUGGUCGUUAUUACAGUUUAUCUGGAUUAUAUUUUUAGAACUUACUCAGACUUUCCAAAUAUUUAAGGGAAUUACCACUUGGGAAUUUAGUUUAUUAAACAAACAACAAGAGGGAAGUCCUGAUAAUAUGGCGACAUUACCUCGAGAUUUUGAUGGUCCAACUCCUUCAGUUACAAAACCACAUAGACAUAAUGAUGGUUUCAAGACAAUGAUGAGAUUAAUUGGAUUAGAUCAAUUUGUUUCAACUUCAAAAAUCUUUAUUCUUUCCUUAUUAGGGAAUGCUACUACUGGUAACUCACAAUAUAGUCCGCUUGAUAAUGUUGGAAUUCCUAGUGAUUAUGGUUGGAAAACGAAUUGGUUAGACUUUUGGUUCUUGGGUGAAUAUAAAUGGAGAAACUUAUUUUAUUUACCUAUUGAAGGAGAGAAUAACUUGAAUGGUAAAGUAGUUGACUACUACAAGCUUUAUGAAUAUCCUGCUAAAUCCGCUGAAGCAGUUGUUUAA